ACGACUUCAGCCGAUUGUGAACGAAGUUAUGUUCGUGUAAAUGUUAGCAUAGCGCUAGCUGUCGAGCUUAAGAUCCGCUGUUUGGUUUAAUAUUCAUUUCCCUUUUGUUGUAACUUUAUUUGUAACUCACCCAAAGACUGCACGAUCUAACGCAAUGGACAGUGAAAUGUCAGACUUUGAACCUGCACCAGGACCUGAGACCAGCAGCAUGGAGGGGGAAAAUGCACCACUUUACUGCAUUUGUCGAAAACCAGAUAUCAACUGCUUCAUGAUUGGCUGUGACAAUUGCAACGAGUGGUUCCAUGGCCACUGCAUUAACAUCACUGAGAAGAUGGCUAAGGCAAUCCAGGAAUGGUACUGCAUGAGAUGCAGAGAUGAGAACUCAUCAUUGGAAGUAAAGUAUAGAUCAAAGAAAAACCGUGAGAAGGAAGCUGAACCUGACAGAUCUGAAAAACAGUACAGCACCCCAAGUACUCCAGAGUAUAGGAGUGAAAGGCGGCGUGGAUCUAAAGUGAAGCGCUCUGUCCGUAUGUGUGGGGAAUGUGAGCCCUGCAGAAGGACUGAGGAUUGUGCCCAGUGUGACUUCUGCAAGGACAUGAAGAAGUUCGGAGGCCCCAACAAAAUCAGACAGAAGUGCAGGUUCAGGCAGUGUGAAGUUCGAGCCAGAAAAAUGCUGCGUGUGAAGGAUGAGGAAUUCUCUUUGCGAGAAAGGAGGGAGAAUUCCCACCACAGACGAAGACGGUAUUCUGAUGACUACGACAGUGAGGCAGAGCUCUACCAGCAGUACAGAGCGGCAGGACUUGACGACAACAUGGCAUGGGCUAGUGAUGAUGAUGACGAGCUGCCUUUCAGUCCUGUCAUGCGUAAGAAAGCUAUAAAGGUGAAACAUGUCAAGAGAAGAGAAAAGAAGUUUGACAAGAAAAAGGAGUCACGACGCCACAAGCAGAAGCAAAAGCACAAAGACAGAACCAGACACAGUGAGAAGGGGGAAAUGCGGGAUAUUGCAGGGCAACGUCAAUGUUUGGGACCAAGCUGUGUGGAGGCAGCAAGAACCAACUCUAAAUACUGUUCUGAGGACUGUGGCAUGAAGCUAGCUGCCAACCGGAUUUAUGAGAUCCUCCCUCAGCGUAUCCAGCAAUGGCAGCAGAGUCCCUGCAUCGCUGAGGAACACGGGAAGAAGCAGCUGGAGCGCAUCCGCCGCGACCAGCAGAACGCCCGGCUGCGCCUUACCGAGAUGGAGCGACGAUUUCAUGAACUGGAGGGCAUCAUUGCCAAGGCCAAGCAGCAGGCAGUUCAGCAGGACGAGGAGGUCAAUGAAGGAGACAGUGAGGAUACGGACCUGCAGAUUUUCUGUGUGUCUUGUAGUCAUCCCGUCAAUCCGAAAGUGGCACUGAGACAUAUGGAGAGAUGUUACGCGAAGUAUGAGAGUCAGACCUCCUUUGGCUCCAUGUAUCCUACAAGAAUAGAAGGUGCAACCAGACUCUUCUGUGAUGUUUACAACCCCCAAAGCAAAACAUAUUGCAAGAGGCUUCAGGUUUUAUGUCCAGAGCAUUCUAGAGAUCCCAAGAUCCCAGUAGAUGAGGUGUGCGGAUGCCCUCUGGUGAAGAAUGUGUUUGAGCUGACAGGAGAAUACUGCAGAGUCUCCAAAAGGAAGUGCAACAAGCAUUACAACUGGGAAAAGCUGAGGAGAGCCGAGGUGGACCUGGAGCGAGUCAGGGUGUGGUACAAGCUGGACGAGCUCUUUGAACAGGAGCGUAACGUUCGGACUGCUAUGACCAACAGAGCCGGUCUGCUCGCUCUGAUGUUGCACCAAACUAUUCAGCACGACCCCUUGACAACCGAUCUCCGUAGCAACAAGGAUAGGUAGUCAGCCAGGUCUGCUUCUGUUCUUGGAUCUGUAGGUCACUGUACAUAUCAUGAGAUUUAAGUGCUAACGAUUUAAACUUUUGGAAUGAUAACGACCAAUUAUUAUUAUUUGUUGUAAAGUUUCUUUGGGGGAAUUUUCGCAUUUAUUCGAUAGUGACAGUGGAGAGAGACAGGAAAUGGAGGGGUAGAUGUGCCCUGACCUUUCAGCUAUUGGAUAAAGACUAACUUGAUAAACCUAAUUUUCUAACUAGAUAGUUAUUUUAAAAUAUGUGUAUGAUAAUAUAUAUAUUUUUCCUGACUGUGCUAGAUGAACUACUGCUGAAUGAAAAUUGCUGUUUUUGGUAUGAUCAAUCUGAUUAAAAACACUUUAAACCUGCAGAAGAUGAGUUGUGUAAAUACGAGUGACGUGUAAUUUAUUCCACCGUUUCUCUGUCUAUUGAAUAUGACGAUUAAAGAUUUUCUCUAAAAUGCAGGUAAACUCA